ACCGGAAGGACCCCACACCUUUUCGCUCAACUCUCAAGCAUUCAUUUUCAUUCAUUUUAAUACAUAUGUAUAUCAUAUAUCGGCGCUAAUACUCAAAAAAAUAAACCUAAUUUACUUAAUACCUAACAUUCACUUGAUCUUCAUAAACUGAAUCGUUUGAUAUCCUCGUUACAUUUUGUUAAAUUUCUACCCGGAUUUCUGUUUUCUUCCGUUUUGUUUGAACAAUUCGUUAUUUUUGUUUUUACCUGUUAAAUUGUUGUCAGUCGAUCGGAUGGUGUUUUUACAGUGAUCGUCGACGGCUGCCGGCGGAUUAGUUGUUUUCUGAUAUGACGUUUAUGAUUUUUUUUUUUUUUUUAAUUCUCGGAUCUCGUAGUCUGUGUGAUUCAAUCAGCUCUUGAUUCAGUCAUCGUUGUGUGUGUGUGAGAGAGAGAGGAGAGGGAGUGUGGUUUUAGAGAUUAGAGAAUGGAUUUGGAUGAAUUUAGGUCGAUUUUAUCGAGUUCAGGACUUGAUGUUUGGGGAAUAAUCGACGCGGCGAUAACCGUAGCUUCAAUGGAAUAUUCCGGCGAGCUCAAGCAUCGGAGAGACGGAAUUGUGGAACGACUUUAUGCACAGCAGCAGUGUCGCAGUUGUGACGUGAAUGUAAAUCCUCAGCAGCAGCCGAAUGGCGUCGGUCGGACGAUUACAAAAGAGGUAAACGACGAUGAAGGAGGAGGAGGAGGCGAUUCUCCUUUAACUCCGCAGUCGAUUCCUCAAGAUGAGGAAGAAGAUGAAGAACAAGAUCCAUACGGGGGAUUAUUCGAUGAUGAGCAGACCAAAAUUCUCAGGAUCAAAGAACAGCUCGAAGAUCCACACCAGAGUGAGGAUUCCGUGAUCGACUUGCUUCAAACCCUUUCCGACAUGGAUCUAACGUUCAAAGGCCUUAAGGAAACUGAUAUAGGAAGGCAUGUGAAUCGACUGCGUAAGCAUCCAUCAAACGAAGUAAGAACACUGGUGAAGCACCUUGUGAGAAAAUGGAAAGAAUUAGUGGAUGAGUGGGUAGGUUCAUCCCACACCGAUCUUCAACAUUCUUCUCUAACAGAUGGAGACUCACCUUUAAUACAAAAUAUACAAAGGAAAGGUCAAAAUGGUCAACAACAGGGCCCCGAUUUCGGCUACUCUCCAAAUCCACACAAUUGGAGUCCUGGAUUUGAAAAGAUGAAUACUGAAACAGACAUGAGGCCAAAAAGUGUGAUUCCCAAGAGAGAAACACCCUCAAGACCUGUAUCCCAGUCUUAUCCUCCCAUGAAUGCUUCUGCUUCUGCUCCUCAAAAUCGACCACGCAAGGAUCAAAACAUUGAACGUGAUCGGCUAGCAUCGGCUACAAAGCGGCUUCAAGAGAACUACCAAGAAGUCCAAAAUGCGAAAAAGCAAAGGACAAUACAAGUGAUGGAUAUUCAUGAGAUACCAAAGCCAAAGAAUGGUUUCAUUGCCAAGAAUAAAGGCAAUUUUCAAGGGAGGCAUCAUAGAUGAUGUUUUUUUUUUGUUCCAUAAAAAAAAGAAAAAAAAAUAGUUUUCUUAUCUUCUAUAAUGGUGGUAAGUCAUAUUUUCCAACGCUUAAAUGACCAUAUCUAGAGCAAUCAUGCAAUGUUCACUUGUACCCUUAUGCUUUAGAAGUUGUACUUUUCUCUGAGUUAUUGGAAAUGAUGGUUCUGAAAAAAGGCUUACCAUUCUAA